AAAGAAUUCAAGAUGGCUGUCUCAGGCUCCAGAUGAGGGCUUUUUCCUGCUUUGCCCUUGUGUGUGAAUCUUUUUUGUGGCUGACUGAGUCUCAGUGCUGCCAGUCCCUCACUGCCUCUUUGGAGACAUCAUGUCCUCCACCUCCUCCUGUUCCUCCUCGGGGGAAAACAGCCCAGAAGACAUUCCCCGAGGUGGGGGCACCAUCCGUGUCUACCUCCCCAACAAGCAGCGGACGGUGGUAAACGUUCGACCUGGGCAGACUGUCUACGACAGUCUAGACAAAGCCCUGAAAGUCAGAGGCCUUAGCCAGGAUUGCUGUGCUGUCUUUCGCCUUCUUGAAGGCCGUAAGAGGCUUACAGAAUGGAACACUGACAUCACACCCCUCGUUGGGGAGGAGCUUCUGGUAGAAGUGCUGGAUGAUGUUCCCCUUACCAUGCACAACUUUGUACGUAAAACGUUCUUCAAGUUAGCAUACUGUGACUUCUGCCACAAGUUUUUGUUCAAUGGCUUCAGGUGUCAGACAUGUGGAUAUAAGUUCCACCAGCACUGCAGCAGUAAAGUCCCUACUGUAUGUUUGGACAUGGAUACAAUGACAAAACGGUGUGGUGCUAGUUCCUGCACAGAAGACUACCCUCAGAUACCAAUUUUGAUCAUGUCAGACUCCAAUUCCAUAUCACAGAGUGACCUAGCUUUAACCUCUGAUCCUCAUGGCGGAGACCUGCUGUCCCCUGGCUCUCCCUCCUUCUGUUUCCUUGUGCGGGGGGAAGACGGUCAGUCUCUUCAGAGGCAUCGCUCCACCUCAACCCCAAACGUCCACAUGGUCAGCACUCUGGAUCCUGGAGCUGCUGGCCUCAUGGAGGAGCCAUUAAAAAUCAGCACAAUGGGACCAGAGCCCUCUACCAAGCCUUCCACUAGCCCACCCCACCUAGGAUCACCAGGAAGAAGACCCCCCAAAUCCCCUUCUGAGCCCAAGGAACGAAAGCCAUCAUCAUCUGAUGAUAAAAAGAAAGUGCACCGUGGAGGUUACAGAGACUCCAGUUACUACUGGGAGGUGCACUCACGGGAGGUGACCAUGUUAAAGAGGAUUGGGGCAGGCUCUUUUGGAACAGUCUUUAAAGGCAAGUGGCACGGAGAUGUGGCUGUCAAGAUUCUUAAAGUGACAGAGCCCACACCAGAGCAGCUACAAGCCUUUAAAAAUGAGAUGCAGGUUUUACGAAAAACACGUCACGUCAACAUUCUGCUGUUCAUGGGCUUUAUGACGAAGCCUAAUUUUGCCAUAAUCACACAGUGGUGUGAAGGCAGCAGCCUGUAUCACCACCUGCACGUUACAGAGACCAAAUUUGACACCAUGCGCCGUAUUGAUGUUGCUCGCCAGACUGCUCAGGGCAUGGAUUAUCUUCACGCCAAGAAUAUCAUUCAUCGGGACUUGAAAUCUAAUAAUAUCUUCCUGCACGAAGGGUGGACGGUAAAGAUUGGUGACUUUGGGCUUGCCACAGUAAAGUCUCGCUGGAGUGGCUCUCAGCAGGUUGAACAGCCCAGUGGCUCCAUCCUGUGGAUGGCCCCUGAGGUGAUCAGAAUGCAGGACCCUAACCCAUACACCUUCCAGUCAGAUGUAUAUGGCUAUGGAGUGGUGCUUUAUGAACUGAUGUCUGGGACUUUGCCUUAUUCAAAUAUCAACAACCGUGAUCAGAUUAUUUUCAUGGUGGGUCGUGGAUACUUGUCCCCAGACCUCAGUAAACUGUACAGUAACUGCCCUAAAUCAAUGAAGAGGCUCAUUAUCGACUGUCUGAAAUUCAAACGGGAUGAACGGCCUCUCUUUCCACAGAUCUUGGUGGGCAUCGAGCAGGUCCAGGAUCUGUUGCCAAAAAUCGAGCGGAGUGCCUCUGAGCCCUCUCUACACCGCGCUGUACAUGCCGAGGAUCUGAAUCCACUUCUCCUUCAUACCACACGCCUCAUGCCUCUGUGAGACUCACGGAGGUGCUCCACUCUUUUCCCAAAUGCCGUGUAUCAUCAUUCCAAGUAUGGAUUGUUCCUUGUUCCUCUGAUUGUUCCACACAUUCCUGAAAGCACCUGAACUACUGCAUUGGUCCCACAUACACUUAAACACCACAUUUAUCGACUCAUUCGGCACACUCCUACAUCAUCUCCCCCUUAUGGUUCCGGAAUUCUCUCCAUGCUGCUCCGGUGUAGACUGCGGAAGUCUAUGUAGACCAGUUGCUUUCUAACACGGAAGUAGGAAAUAAUCUGUGUUCUCUUACUACACUUAAUGGAUUUGGAAAUCCAAGCAUCAUAUUUACAAUGUAUCGGCACAAUCUUUACAACCUCUUUUUUGAGGUGUAUUUCAAAAUGUGUUCUGAUUGUGCUUGCAGUUUACCUUUUUUACUUGGAAAUGACAGAAGCAUUUUAGGUUUUUUUUUCAUAGAAAUUUUUUUCUUUUUCUCCUUCCCUCUGAACUUUUUUUUUUUUUUUUUAAUUAAGCUGCAAUAGAACUGCGUGAUGGCUCUGUUCAUCUACGUGUCACACUCAGACUCUUUGCUCAAAGCGAUAUCAUGGAUUGGUUUGCUGUCAGUUGCUUAAAAUUCAUGGUAAUAUAAUCUUGGAUGUUCAGUCAAGGUCAUACACUCGUAGUUUUUUUAUUUUUUAUUAUUCCGUUAUUCCUUUUUUUUUUUUUUUUUACUUGUCUAGAUGGAAUACAACUAGAUGGUGUUGGAUGUACAUGUGACUGGUACCCUUAAAGAGAUAGUUUGCCCUGAAAUGUAAAUUCUGUCAUCAGUCACCCUCAGGUUUUUCCAAACUUUUCUUCCAUUAAACACAAAAAAUAUUUGACAGAAUGGCAGUCACUAAUUUUUAUUGUAUGGCAAAAAGAUGCAGUAAAGGUGAAUGGCAAAUGAGGCUGUCAGUCCCUAAUAUUCUGCCUAACAUCUCAUUUUGUGUUCUGCAGAAGAAAGAUAGUUUGGAAGAAGAUGAGGGUGAGUAAAUGAUGACCGAAUUUUCAUUUUUGCAUGAAGUAUCCCUUUAAAAAUUAUGCUGUGCAUGUGAUAUUUUCACAAACCCUUCUUAAUUGGCUAUCUUUUACUUUUGGGCUUGUGCUGCAUUUUGGUCAGCUUUAUACUGUAAACUGUAAAGAAACUUCAGGAAAAUUGCACAGAUACUCUGUGAGACAGCAGAAUCAUGUUAUCCUCAUAAAGCAUGGAUGCACAUCCUGAAGUGAUGGGGGGAGGAAUAAUUGAGCAUGUCAUUUUCUUUGUUAGUUUGAAAUGAGUACACGAUGCUGUCUGGUUAAUUUUGUUUUACAUAUUGCAUCUAUAAACCAUUCACAAUCUAAGCUGAAGUGGGUCAUGAUGACCAUAACCAGGACUGGUUAACUAAUACUGACACUUCAUCUCAGUCUGGCUUGUGGACUCAUUUAUUGUUGGCAUAUGGCACAGAUGGCAUUGUUAAACUGAUUGACAGUACUGCCCACUGCUGUUGAAUAUUUCUAAAGUAGACCAUGCUUAGAGAAUUUGAAGUGAUUUUGGUCAUGGCCCUGCAUGCAGAUGAUGAACAUUUAGUUUGGAGUGUUCUGACUCCUAAAGGUGAAAUGUGUCUUUUUAUUUUUGUUUUUUUUAAAUUUAAAAAUACUGUCUCAUAUCCUAGCUUAAAGGGAUAGUUCACCCAAAAAUGAAAAUUCUCUCAUAAUUUACUCACCCUAAUGCCAUCCCAGAUGUGUAUGAAUUUUUUCUGCUGAACACAAAUU